UGACUGUCGUCGUUUGGAGCCCUUAUACCGCAUCGCCACCACCAUCCCGCCAACCAGGCGAGGGGGAGAUCGGAAAACGCUACAAAUUGAUUCUUCCCGCCGAACGGAUCAUCUGAACGAAUUUUUCGUUGGUUAUCGAAUUAGGUUAUCUCCCAAUUCGAACCAUUGGGUGGUUGCUGCCUGCCGUUCGCGAGAUGGUAUCUUAUGCCAGAGAGAGAGAGCGACAGAGCCCCUCCUAGACUUUUGGAGUUGAUCGUGGGGUGGCUUUUGCCGUUGAUCUUGGAAUCCACUUCAAUGGGAGCUCUUUUUGCAUCCUGAACGAGGGAAAUAAAGGACAUAGCGCACCUGCACAAUUUAAUAGAAAGAACGAGGAUGGCGGAACCUCCACGUUUUCAAGAGGCCUCACGUUGUAAUGUUUGCCAAUGCAGCUUCAAUACUUUCAGGCGCAGGCAUCAUUGUCGAUGUUGUGGUAGGACCCUAUGUAAUGAACAUUCAUCAAAUCAAAUGGCACUGCCACAAUUCGGAAUAAAUUACAAUGUCCGGGUUUGCUACGAUUGCUUCAACAACUCCACGUGGUCUGAGAAGGCCCAAUCAAGCCAUUCAACAGAAGUUGAUGAUACUGCGUCAAGUGCAAUUAAAGAUUUAAAUAUCCAUGACAAUGAUUCUGUGCCAUCCGAAGCAACAAUUACACUGCCGUCUCCAUCCUUUCCAGACUGCAAAUGUGGGAUGCCACUUUGCAUAUGUGAAGUUUCACUCCCUGAUACAGUGCCAGUGCAGGAAUAUCCGGGCACUGAUCCUGCAGCUCAGCUUGCUAUGAGACCAAAGAAACCCAUAUCUACAAAGCGCUCCUCCAAUUCUGCUUCAAAGGAUGUAACUGUUUCAAUUAGCAAGCCAAGUUUGUUUUUUUCAAUUGCGCAAUCUGCUAAUGGAAACUUGGACAGACCUCGUUAUGAUUAUGAAAAAGAUGGGGAGGGUCUGAGAGAAGCAAUAAAGAGCAAUGAUAUCACCGCUGUGAAAUAUCUUUUGGAUGAGGGUGUGAACGCAAACUACUGUGACAAGCAAGGGAUGUCGUUACUACAUUUGCACUUUUCAAUCGGACAGAGAUUGUGUUUACACUCAUGGACCACGGGGCCCGUGUGGAACACAAAAAUGCACAAGGGGAAACUCCACUGGAUUGUGCUCCCACUAUGUUGCAGUACAAAAUGCGGGAGAAGAUGUCAGGAGGUGCAUAGUUCGCCUGGAGAAUUCUUGUACCCUGUCUGCCCCCAAUAGGCAGACUUCCUUUUUUUGCCCGUAAUAUUUGGUCCCUCUCAAUGUCCUCCAAAAGUUUCUAUUUAUUAUACUGGCACUUGAAUCCAUCGGUUGUAUGUAAUGAAAUAACAUCUGCAAACCACCCACUUGAAAUCUGUAGCAGGGGCAUUCUGUAUGAGCUGGACGCACGAGAAAGCAAUAUAUAGUUACAAGGGUAGCAAUGAAAACGGUGUGAUCACGUGAACAAAGUUAAUCUUUUCCAAGA